AUGCUCACCUUUUACCGACGGUUAUACCCAUUCAAGUCAAUCUACAGCUGGCUGAACCAUGAUUCGAUGCCAACGCGAAUGUUCACCCAUCGAGAGUUUGCAUUUACUCUCCAAGGCGAUGUAUAUCUGCGAUACAGGUCUUUCAACUCUGCAGAGGACCUCAAGAAAGACAUAUGCCACCUCAACCCAACUCGUUUCGAAAUCGGGCCUGUUUACACUGGACGUCCACGAGACAAGAAAACAUUACGCCCGGGGUCCUUCACGCCUACCCUUCGCGAGCUCGUGUUCGAUAUCGAUAUGACUGACUACGACCUCGUCCGUACCUGCUGCUCCGACGCCGCCAUCUGCAAGCGAUGCUGGACCUUCAUCUCUGCCGCCGUCAAAGUCCUCGACCGCUCCAUCCGCGAACACUUUGGUUAUGAAAAGCUGCUAUGGGUAUAUUCUGGUCGACGAGGCAUCCAUUUGUGGAUAUCGGACGUGGAGGCGAUGGAACUGAGCGACGCGCAGCGGAAGGCAAUCGUGGGUUGGAUGAAUGUGGUUAAUGUGGGCAGUAGGGAGACGAGUAAGAAGUUGAAUGUCCGGACUGCGAGCAAGGUGUUACCACCUCCCCUUCAGGAUGCACUGGAGGAGCUCGUUCCCAUUUUUUCUGAUCUCAUUCUUGGUGACCAAGAUUGCUUCGCUUCAGAAAAUGGUUGGGAAACACUGUUGGAAUUCGUGCCUAUUCCUCAAGUGGCGGAAAGGCUGCGAAGGAAAUGGAGCAAUGAUCCUGAUAGGUCUUCAGACGAAAAGUGGGCAGACCUGAAAGCUGAGGCCAGAGAAUUUGACAAGAACAGUCCACAACGGACACAACUGAUGCAUGCAAUGGAAGAUAUCAUCCUUCAUUACACCUACCCCCGCAUCGACGCUGAGGUCUCCAAACACCGCAAUCACUUGCUAAAGGCACCCUUCUGUGUCCACCCCAAGACAGGACGCGUCUGUGUGCCCGUGGAUCCAGCGAAAAUCGACGAGUUUGACCCAGAAAAAGUGCCUACGGUGGGCCAGCUGUUGACCGAGUUGGAUGAGAUGAUUCCCGUGGAUGGGGAUAAUGCUUCUGAAAGUGAAUUGGCCGCCAGAACGUCACUGGGAAAGUAUAUCCAGAUGCUGGACCAGCAUGCUUCUGGGAUAUUGGACGCGAAGAGAAAAGCCAAGCAGGAUCCAGACACCAUGUCUUGGUAGAUACCAAUUCAGCUAGAUUUGGCGGGAUUUCUCUGUAUAUUACUUCUACACUGCGUUAUUUAUUUUAUUCCCGCCAACCGUUCGGUUCAAACUGCAUCUAUCCCACCUGUCGCAUACUGUACAUGAUGU